AUGGCUUCAGAUGACAAUCAGGACUUUUCGCCCGCGUCUGAGGAUGCCGAUGAAUUCGUUGCCGAUCUCCUACAGCAGUUUUCGUCUGUCUCUGGCGGCGCAAAAGAGCCUGCCACAAAAAGUGCUUCGUCGACAUCUAUUCGGAAUUCAUUUCGUGCAGUGAACGCCAGAUCGUCUUCUUCCGCUAGCCCGUCUCGUGAAUCAACGAUAGUUGCUGUUGAAGUGCCCCCGCCCCGGUCUGAUGUGGAAUAUGAACGUCUACCGGGAUACUCGACGGCUCGGGAUGUUUUGCGGCAAAAAUACGCCGAUGGUGAAUCUCUCUAUCAGGUAGAGCUUCAGAAUUGGGAGAAGGAAUGGAUGGCACUUUCGGAUUUGAAAAAAUUAAAUAAUGGAUUAGCCUCCUUAGUUCGUUUCCAAAAACAAGGCCCUCCCACGAAGAGGACGUCUAUAAGAAGACGCGGAGAUAUCGUCAGUGCAGACCACAUCAUAUAUUCAGACGACGAGGAGGACGAGGAAGAAGAAGAUGAUGAUGACGACGACGACGACGACGAUCUUAUUGUUGCCGGUCCCAGCACACGUCGUCCUGGUCGUCCUAGUCGGGCACGUCGACCGGGUCGGCCCCCCAGACGAUCGACUACAUCUGAAGAAGAGGAUGCGCGACCAGUACGGCGACCUAAUAGACAAACAAAGCUACUUGAAACCCGUCGGAAUACGUUCUGGUCAAGCGAUGAAAAUUCAAGCGACGAUACAGGAUCAGGCACCCGACGACGCCGCUCCGCGAGACAAACCAACCAGCGGUCAUCUAGGAAAAUCCGCGCGCAGUUUUCUGAUAGCGAGAGUGAUAUGCGCUCUUCGCGCCCCGGUGCUCGAUUCUCGACAAGAACCAAGAAUUCUGGCAGGAAAAAUCUCAGAGAACGACGGGAGGAUGAGAUUUCAGAGAACGAGCAGGCUCCCACAGAAAAGAAGUAUUUCGGUGCGAAAGAGAAGUUCUACAAAGUCUCAUCAGACGAUCCAUUCAGACUUCGUCAUCGUCAAGUCUGUGAAGUCUGCGCAGGACAAGGUAACGAUCGGGAAAAAGGUUCUCUUGUUUUCUGCCAAGGAUGCACAAGUGCUUAUCAUAAAGCUUGCUUGGGCCCACGAGGAUCGCGAGAGCAUCUCGUCACAAAGGUUGAUCCAGACCACUUUGUGUUGCAAUGCCGUCGUUGUAUCGGAAUUGCGCAUAAGAAAGAUGGAGCUGCACCCCAUCUCGGCCAAUGUGUGUCGUGUAACGAAACGAACCCAGCGUCGCGACCUUUCCGAGAACGAUUAAAUCCGCGACUAGAACAGCAGCAGCGAGAAAAUAACGGAGGGGUCGAUCCAAUAACUACCGUCGAGCCUUCGCUUAUUAACAACCCCGACCAUCUUCUCUUCCGUUGCAUUGGCUGCACAAGGGCUUUCCACUUUGAUCAUCUUCCGCCCAAGCCUGACCCGAAGGCUAAUGAUGAUGCCGAGAUGCCAGAUGCAGAGUCCACCCCGUCAGAACUUGCCAACACACGCUUCAAACAAUAUUCCAGAAAGUGGCGUUGUCACACUUGUACCUCCGCCUCUGGAGAGAUUGAAGGCCUAGUCGCCUGGCGACCUGUCGAUGCAGAUAGCUACACCCCAGGGUUUGCAGUCGACGAUCUAGAAGAAAAGGAAAAGGAGUAUUUGGUUAAAUGGAAACGCACGUCCUACUUUCGUACGACAUGGAUGGAAGGGUCUUGGAUAUGGGGUAUCACUUCGCCAUUGAUGCGCAAGGCAUUUUUCAGGUCUCCUACAAGCCACAAGCCUCACAUGACCAUGACGGAUGCCAUUCCAGAGGAAUAUCUAAGAAUUGACAUUGUUUUAGAUGUCAAAUACACUAACAUUGUCAGUACGCAUUCAAAGGAAAUCGACAUGGCACGAGUCAAGGACGUCAAAGAAGCCUACGUCAAGUACAAAGGCUUACUUUACGAAGAUUCUGUUUGGGAAACUGUGCCUUCCCCAAGCGAUGGAGAGCGUUGGGAUGAUUUUAAAGCAGCGUACGAAGACUGGGUUUCCAAAGACUAUGUGCGCAUCCCCAAGGGCCCGGCUCUGAAACAGUACCUCGCCACCGUUCGUGAACAGGAUUUUCAAACGACCCUCGUCAAAAAAGCCCAGCCCUCUUCUCUGACCGGUGGGGAAAUCAUGGACUACCAGCUGGACGGACUCAACUGGCUAUAUUACAUGUGGUACAAGGAGCAGAAUUGCAUUCUUGCCGAUGAGAUGGGGCUUGGCAAGACAAUUCAAAUUAUCUCGUUUCUCGCUACCUUGGUUGAAGACCAUCGGUGCUGGCCCUUCUUAAUUGUGGUACCCAAUUCCACGUGUCCCAACUGGCGACGUGAAGUGAAGAAAUGGGCACCCUCUCUCCGGGUGGUCACAUACUACGGUAGUGCCAUUGCACGCCGAAUUGCUCACGAUUAUGAAAUGUUCCCGAAUAACGCCCGCGACUUGAGAGCUCAUAUUGUCGUUGCAUCUUACGAAUCGAUGGUCGAAGAGAAGGCCCGGAAAGUGCUGGCUGGAAUCCCGUGGGCUGGCCUUGUCGUAGACGAAGGCCAGCGGUUGAAGAAUGACAAGAAUCUUCUUUAUGCCUCGCUUUCACGAAUCAACUUUCCGUUCAAAGUUCUUCUCACAGGAACGCCACUUCAGAAUAAUACCCGGGAGCUGUUCAACCUCAUUCAAUUCUGCGAUCCCACCAGAAGUGCACAGGAUCUGGAGGAAAAGUACGAGACAUUGACCAAGGAAAAUGUCCCUGAACUGCAUGAUUUGAUCCGUCCCUUUUUCCUACGCCGAACAAAAGCCCAGGUUCUUACAUUCUUGCCACCAAUGGCGCAGAUUAUCGUUCCUGUGUCCAUGUCUGUUGUUCAGAAGAAGCUCUAUAAAUCGAUCCUUGCGAAAAACAGCAAGCUGAUCAAGUCAAUCUUCCAGAACAACCAGGAUCAGAAUAACAAGCAGAAUGAGCGCCAUAGUCUGAGCAAUAUCCUGAUGCAGCUACGAAAAUGCUUGUGUCACCCGUUUGUAUACAGCAAGCAAAUCGAAGAGCGCACUUCCAACCCCGUCCUCUCUCACAGAAAUCUUGUCGAAGCUGCGGGAAAACUACAAUUACUUGAGCACUUGUUGCCAAAACUUAAAGAGCGUGGCCAUCGAGUGCUUCUCUUUAGUCAAUUUUUGGAUAAUCUAGACGUCGUGGAGGAUUUUCUUGACGGCCUGGGGCUUCUCUACCUUCGUCUAGACGGGUCAAUGGGGGCCCACGAAAAGCAGAAGAAAAUUGAUGCAUUCAAUGACCCCAAAUCAGAGUAUUUUGCUUUCCUUUUAUCGACCAGAUCAGGCGGUGUUGGAAUCAAUCUUGCAACGGCUGAUACUGUUAUCAUAAUGGAUCCCGACUUCAAUCCACACCAGGAUAUACAGGCGCUGUCUCGAGCGCACCGCAUUGGUCAGAAGAAAAAGGUCCUUGUCUUCCAGAUGAUGACACGCGAGAGUGCGGAGGAGAAGAUCAUGCAGAUCGGCAAAAAGAAGAUGGCUCUAGAUCACGUUCUCAUUGAACGAAUAGAUGCGGAUGACGAUGAGGGCGUCGACUUGGAAUCAAUUCUUCGAUACGGUGCAGAGGCUCUUUUCGAAGACGACGAUACUGGCGAUAUCCAUUACGAUGCAGAAUCCGUUGAACAGCUUCUGGAUCGCAGCCAAGCUGAAGAUACCGAGGUCGGCAAAGAUGCUUCUGCUGAGUCUCAGUUUAGCUUUGCUCGUGUGUGGGCAAAUGGCAGUGGCGCACUUGAAGACAGACUGGGUGAUUCUGAUGCUCCAGCUCCGCCCAGCAACACUCUGUGGGAGAAGAUUCUUGCAGAGCGCCAGAAGGCUGCGGAGGAGGAAGCCCUGGCCAACGCACAAGCACUGGGUAGGGGGAAGCGUAAACGAAACGUUGUGGAUUAUACUACCAAGGAUAACAACAAAGAAGAGCAAAGCCCCCCGGCCAAAUCUAAGCGACCCAGGGUACAGCUGGAUAGCGAUGCAGAAUUCAAAAGCAAUAAUAAUGCGUCUGAGAGUGAGGAGAUUGAAUCUGAAGAAGAACACACGCCGGUGAAAAAGGUCAAAGGUCGCCCAUUCAAACGCGUGGACCCAACUAGAACUUCGCCUCCUUCCUUGGACGGAACUUCUGAUGCCCGGCCGUCAUCUAAUUAUAUCGGUCGUCAUUUACUUCCAUGUGUGGCUUGCAAUGUGAUGCAUCCUGUCGGUUACUGCCCUCUCAAGUUGGCUGGCGUGGAGCAUUGUGGUCUUUGCGGCAUCGCUCACAUUGGCUAUCAACGUACCUGUCCACACCUGAAUUCAGAGGAGCAGAUUCUUUCAAUGCUCCAAUCAUUAAAGCAAAGCACAGAACCAAAAUGGCUGGUCGACCGGGCCCGACACUAUCUGCACAUGGUCAAGGGAGAUCUCGUCAAUCGCAGGAAAAAGGCUGAUGCGGCCGCGAAGGGGCUGUCUGGUGGCCCUGCAACGAUUCCCCCUCCUCCUUUCUCCUCUGUACCACGACCAUCUACGACACCAGCCUCUCAGUCUGCCUUCCAUGUUCCCUCUGGGAAUUCGCCCAAUAUCCCCCCGCCUCCUUUCUCCUCUAUAUCACAUCCAGGCUCUAAUGGGCAGCAGCCACCACCUCCGCCUCCUUCUCGAUUUCCCCCUCCUCUACAGCCUUCUCACUCUUCUCAGUCUCCACGGCCUUUUCGACUUCCUCGGCCUCAUCUACCUCCGCGUCCUUAG